CAUCUUCUCUCUAUAAAGACCCCCUCACACUCUCACCAAACACACAUAAAAAAAUAAAAAAUAAAAAAUAAAAAACAGAUUUUGUUUCCACCUUAACCUGUUCUUCUUCUCUCUGUCGUUUCGUUCCCUCAAUCUUUGAACUUUGUGUUGUAAAUUGCUAGAACACAUAUAUAUAUUUGAUGGGUUUUCUUCACAAGCUAUGGGACGAAACGUUGGCCGGGCCCACACCGGAAACGGGCUUGGGCAAACUCCGCAAGUACAACUCCUUCUCCACCACAACCAACCGGUCACAGGUGGCGCCGGUGGGGAAGGAUGUACCCAUCAGUCGCAGCAUCACCAUUGUUCGGACCCACUCCAAUUUCAGAACCACAACCUCGGAUCCUGUCUCUCCUUCUGUGCCUAUCACCCCUCGCUCCCCUUUAACCCCGGAGACGCCAGGUGGGGAUUUCAAGAAAUUCACGAGGAGAAAAUCGUCAGAGGGUGCGGCGGCGAGCGGCGAGCAUAGAAGUCUGAGUAUAGACUGGGUGAUUAUGAGUGCUUUGGAUCGUUGUUGAGAGAGGAAGUUACAUGUUUUGCUUUGAUUAUCGUUAGGCAGAGGCAGAGGGACUACGUUUUCUGUACAUAUGACAACAAAGAUUCCAAUUUCCAAAGGGAAUCAUAUAUCAUCUUGCAUGACAUAUCUUCUUCUUCUUAUUAAUAUAUAUAUAUAUAUAUAUUAUGUAUGAGUAAGCUACAAAUAAAACGGCUCAGAUUAUGCAGGGUCUUUUGCAUCAGACUCACCACAUGCUUAAUGGGAUUCUGAGGAUGUAAAGGAGAAGAAAGCCACCUUCUGUAUAUUUGAACAUACGGUUUUUGUUUUUCCCUUUUCCGAGUUUUUGGCUGUUGUAAAUAUCGGUUCUGUACUCUGAAAUCUCUUUCGCUAGAACUCAAUGAAGCUUUUUAAGUUAUUAUGUUUCUGCUUUUGUUAGACCUCUGUAGCUUAAUGUUUGAUGUUUCAAUACAAUUAGUUU